AUGGCGAGUAGAAAGCUGAUUCGAGAUUUACUGAUUACAAAGCAGCCUCUUUUCCGACAAUUGACGCACCAACGGGUUCGUGCGAUGAUCCUUGUGAGAGUUGGCGCAAGAUUAGGGUUUAACCCGGCUAAUGGGUAUGCGAUUCAUCGCCAGUUUAGCGUUUUCAGUGAGUUCUCCAAGAAAAUUAGAGGAGAAGCUGAAAGCAAUCCUGAAUUUCAAAAAACAGCGAAGGAGCUCAAGGAAAAGGCAGAGGAGUUGAAAGGUGUAAAAGAGGAUCUGAAAGUUAGAACAAAAGAAAAGACUGAGCAGUUGUAUAAGCAAGUUGAUGGGGUCUGGACUGAGGCUGAAUCUGUGGCAAAAAAGGUCUCUUCAAGUGUGAAAGACAAGUUCUCAGCAGCCACAGACGAGGUCAAAGAGUCAUUCAAGCUCGGUAAAGAGGAGAAUGGAGAGUCAGCGAGUUCAUCAGGCACAGGAGCCUCUGAAGGAGAAAAACAGCAGGAGCAGCAAUCAGGCACUACUGAGGAGCAACAUACAUUAUUUGGACAAUUCAAGUCAAGCUUUUCUUCGCCAAAGGUAACCGAGGCGUUUCACAAGCUGAAGGGUGUCAAGCCCCUUGACUUUGCAAGGAAGGGACUUGACAUUGUGAAGGAUGAAUUGCGAGGAAGCUCGUCUAAAAAGAAGCACCUGGAAUACACGCCUCCCCCGCCAUUUACAGGUGAGAGAAGUACAAGAACAGAGGUGGUGAUUACGCAACCAAAACAGUCUAAGUGGCAAAAAAAAUGGGAAUCUCUUAGAGAAAAGAUGCAAGGUUAUCCUGUAUUUAAACGUAUAAGCGGGAUGAGUGAGCCUGUUGUCAACAAGGGCCAAGAGAUUGCAGAAGAUGUGAUCGAAAGAUGGGAAACCAGCGAUAAUCCGAUUGUUCACAAGAUUCAGGACAUGAAUGAGACAAUGUUUCAGGAAACAGGUUCUGCAUCAACUUACAAAGAGAUACGCAGUCGAGACCCAUCGUUCUCCUUGCCGGACUUUGCUGCAGAAGUUCAGGAAGCCAUCAGACCAGUCUUGAAUGCAAUUAAUAAGGGAGAUAUUGAGAUCUUGAAGAAGUAUUGCAGCAAGGAAUUGAUUGAAAGGUUCACUUCAGAGCGCGCAGCUUUCCAAAGUCAUGGGUAUUUUUUCGAUAACAAGCUUCUGCAUAUAUCGGAAGUUGAAGUUCAAGAGACAAAGAUGAUGGGAAAUUCCCCAAUAAUCAUCGUCAGGUUCCAAACACAACAAAUCCACUGCAUUCGCGACAAGGAUGGCAACAUCAGAGACGGAGGCGAGGACACGAUACAUACGGUGUACUACGAUUGGGCAAUGCAACAAGUGGAUGCAUCAGAGUUAGGAGAAGAAGCUAUUUAUCCCAUUUGGAGGUUGAGAGAUAUGCAGAAAAUUGGUGUUCAAGCUCUCAUUUAA